AUGCUCGCAGACACCACUCCACCACCACCACGGGUCAAGCCCAAACUCUCACCCGACAGAAUCAAUAAACAGUUUAUUGUAACCCCUUUCGCGACCCGCGACACCCGCUUCGUCCUCUGGUACUAUUUCACCACGAACCUUGACAUCCAGUCGAUAGCCAUUGCCAGAAACGCCACGUUCUAUGAUGCCACACAACAGUUGAUGACCGCACGACAGACAAGCAGCAUCGUGAACAAAAUUGUGCAUCAACGCUUACCCUCCUUCAGAGACGAAUUGAACACCGGCGGUCACUUUGCCAGGCCGAUAGGGUUUGGCUGGGCUCCUUGCGACCAUGGAAUGCGCUGUUCCGAGUUGGAAGGGAGCGCAGGAAGGCCACCGAUUAUGCGAAGCUUCAGCCGACAGGGAAUUAGUGGGUCUCAGAAGCAUCGCAACCGCAAUAUGGCAUGGCGCCUGGGAGGAUCUCCUGGCAUGUCCAAGAGAUCACGGUGUCGGAACUGA